AUGCCGUUCAACCAGGAAAAUCGACGGUACCAUGGUAUGGCAGGGACGAUCGCCGACGUCAAAGACAAUGUCAAAGAUCGGGCACCAACCAUCGUGCCACCAAAAACGACUCGACCAGCUCGACAACGCCGACCACCCCGUCGAUUGCAACCCGAUCCGAAGAUGAAGACAUUGGACCACCACGAAGAACUUGUAUACGUGCGUGACUACCGCCUGGGACAUGAGAAAUGGAGCCCUGCUCGCGUGAAGAAUCGCCAUGGACGAGCAGUGUACGACGUGCUAACGGAAGAGGACGAUUUGUGGAGAAGACACGUUAACCAGAUGCGUGAAGAAGAGCACCGGAGGGAAAAUCGACAUUACCAUGGUAUGGCAAGGACGAUCGCCGACGUCAAAGACAAUGUCAAAGAUCGGGCACCAACCAUCGUGCCACCAAAAACGACUCGACCAGCUCGACAACGCCGACCACCCCGUCGAUUGCAACCCGAUCCGAAGAUGAAGACGUACGCGACGCGUUCCUCCUAG